CGCAGCUAAUGAGCGAGUUUGCGUUCGAGGAAGAGGCAGGCAGGAAGAAACGGAGCAUUGGAGCACCGCGUUGAGCUAAAGAGAAUCAACCAUGUCAAUAUUUACACCUACUAACCAGAUCAGAUUAACAAAUGUUGCCGUCGUGAGGAUGAAGAAAGGAGGGAAAAGAUUUGAAAUAGCUUGUUAUAAAAACAAAGUGAUGAGCUGGAGAUCUGGAGCGGAGAAAGAUCUUGAUGAAGUCCUGCAGACAAACACGGUGUUUGUAAAUGUGUCUAAGGGUCAAGUGGCAAAGAAAGAGGACCUGUCAAAUGCUUUUGGCACAGAUGACUUGACAGAAAUAUGCAAACAGAUUUUAGCUAAAGGAGAACUACAGGUGUCAGACAAGGAACGACAGAGUCAGCUGGAACAGAUGUUUCGUGAUAUUGCAACUAUUGUGGCAGAAAAAUGUGUGAAUCCUGAAACCAAACGUCCCUACACAGUAAACCUUAUAGAGAGAGCGAUGAAGGACAUUCACUUCUCUGUUAAGGCAAACAAAAGCACUAAACAGCAGGCACUUGAGGUCAUCAAGCAGCUGAAAGAGUCCAUUCAGAUACAGAGAGCUCACAUGCGGCUGCGCUUCGUCUUGCCAGCCAAGGAUGGGAAGAGACUGAAAGAAAAACUCAGACCAUUAAUAAAGACAGUGGAGAAUGAGGACUUUGAUGAUCAGCUUGAAAUGGUGUGUUUGAUAGAUCCAGGUUGUUUCCGUGAAAUUGACGAGCUCAUCCGCUGUGAGACUAAAGGAAAGGGAACACUGGAGGUGCUCAGUCUCAAAGAUGUGGAGGAAGGAGACGAGAAACUAGAAUAACAUCAUCUUCACCUGAAUCUCUAACUGACACAUUAAACUAUUGCUGAUUCAUUUUAUAUGGAGAGCCUUUUUAAUGAGUUAUAUCACUUUAUUAUAGCCUAUGAGCAGUAAUUGCAUCAGUAUUUUCACAGCUGGUACAGGCUUUAAUAACAAUUCUAAAUUGGUAAAUAAUUUGUAACAAUGUUCCCAAAAAGACAACAUUUUGCUCAGUUGUAAUAAAUUGUUGAAAUAAUUUGUUUUCUGUGAAAAUUAAAAUAAUUAGAUUUGUUAGAUUAAUAAUAGAAAUAAAAAUAUACAUUUAUAAGAAAUUCUGUAAGAGAGCAUUGUUUACCAUGAUUAAAUGUUUGGUCUUUAAAUAGCUUGAAUUUGUUUUGUCUGUGAUGGCACAGCCUUAUUUUCAGCAGCCACUGAUCCAAGCUACUAACAAAGCAUUGUCACGUAAUAUUUAUGUUCUCAAUUUAAUAUGCUAAUUUGGUGCCAGAGAAACCUUUAUAAUCUUGGCACUGUUGAAAACUGUUCAAGUUCAUUUAUUGUGCUAUUUAAAUAAGUGUGGAAACUGCUAUACAAGAAACCUCUUUAAACUCAUGUAUGUGUCAGUGUGUACUACUUCUAUGAAAGACGAAAGCAAGCUGGAUCCAACCAGGACAGAUAGAGAAAUAGAUAGUCCUGCUGCCUGACAACACUGGAAAACUGAAUAAAUAAAUAAAUAAUAAAAAUAAAAUAAACUUAUUUGUGAUCUACA